AUGGCGAUGGCCGAUUUGAACAAUAUCCUGGAGUUAUGUGGGGAGUUAGAAAUAAAGUUAGAGGAAGCUGUUAACUCCGAAGAAAGGAGAGGCAUGAUAAUAGAACAUCUUCACCUAACCAGUUCCAAGUUUAAAUUCAUUGUGCCGGAGUUUCCUAGAGGCUCGGAAUGGCUCAAUUCUUCACCAUUAACUAUGUCCGAACACUUGAUGGGCAAAGUGGCUGUGCUUGAUUUCUUUACUUAUUGCUGUAUGAACUGUAUGCACGUCAUACCAGAUCUUGAAGCCCUGGAGCAGAAAUACAGUGUUGAGGAAGGAGUUGUGGUAGUUGGCGUCCACUCUGCCAAAUUCCAGAAUGAAAAAGUCUUGGACAAUGUUCGAAAUGCUGUGCUGCGGCACAGUUUUCCUUCUCUCACUUUCUCUUGGUUUUUCUAUCUCUCUCUUUCUUUGUUUUUUUUUUCUCUCCCUCCCUCUCUUGGUCUUUCUCUCUCUCUCUCUCUCACCCCCUGGUCUUUCCCCCCUUGGUCUCUCUCUCUCCCCUUAGUCUUUCUCUCUCUCCUUAGUCUUUCUCUCUCUCCCUUAGUCUUUCUCUCUCUCCCCUUAGGUCUUUCCCCCUUGGUCUCUCUCUCUCUCUCCCCCUUAGUCUUUCUCUCUCUCCCCUUAGUCUUUCUCUCUCUCCCCCUUAGUCUUUCUCUCUCUCCCCCCUUAGUCUUUCUCUCUCUCUCUCCCCUUAGUCUUUCUCUCUCUCUCUCUCCCCUUAGUCUUUCUCUCUCUCUCCCCUUGGUCUUUCUCUCUCUCCCCCUUGGGUCUUCUCUCUCUCUCUCUCCCCUUGGUCUUCUCUCUCUCUCUCCCCACUUGGUCUUUCUCUUCCCCCCACUUGGUCUUUCUCUCUCUCUCUCCCCCUUGGUCUUUCUCUCUCUCCCCCUUGGUCUUUCUCUCUCUCUCUCCCCCUUGGUCUUUUCUCUCUCUCUCUCUUUCUCUCUCUCUUACUUGGUCUUUCUCUCUCUCUCUCUUGGUCUUUCUCUCUCUCUCCCCACUUGGUCUUUCUCUCUCUCUCCCCCACUUGGUCUUUCUCUCUCUCUCUCCCCACUUGGUCUUUCUCUCUCUCUUCUUGGUCUUUUCUCUCUCUCUCCCCCACUUGGUCUUUCUCUCUCUCUCUCCCCACUUGGUCUUCUCUCUCUCUCUUUCUCUCUCUCCCCACUUGGUCUUUCUCUCUCUCUCCCCCACUUGGUCUUUUUCUCUCUCUCUCCCCACUUGGUCUUUCUCUCUCUCUUCCUCUUGGUCUUUCUCCCCACUUGGUCUUUUCUCUCUCUCUCCCCCUUGGUCUCUCUCUCUCUCUCCUCCCUUGGUCUUUCUCUCUCUCUCUCUCCCCCACUUGGUCUUUUCUCUCUCUCUCUCCCUUGGUCUUUCUCUCUCUCUCCCCACUUGGUCUUUUCUCUCUCUCUCCCCACUUGGUCUGGUCUCUCUCUCUCUCCCCCACUUGGUCUUUCUCUCUCUCUCUCCCCCACUUGGUCUUUCUCUCUCUCUCCCCCACUUGGUCUUUCUCUCUCUCCCCACUUGGUCUUUUCUCUCUCUCUCCCCCACUUGGUCUUUCUCUCUCUCUCCCCCCACUUGGUCUCUUCUCUCUCUCUCUCCCCACUUGGGUCUUUCUCUCUCUCUCUCCCCACUUGGUCUUUCUCUCUCUCUCUCCCCACUUGGUCUUUCUCUGGUCUUUCUUCUCUCUCUCUCUCCCCCACUUGGUCUUUUUCUCUCUCUCUUGGUCUUUCUCUCUCUCCCCCACUUGGUCUUUCUCUCUCUCUCUCCCCACUUGGUCUCUCUCUCUUGGUCUUUCUCUCUCUCCCCACUUGGUCUUUUCUCUCUCUCUCUCCCCACUUGUCUUUCUCUCUCUCUCUCCCCCACUUGGUCUUUCUCUCUCUCUCUCCCCCACUUGGUCUUUCUCUCUCUCUCUCCCCCACUUGGUCUUUCUCUCUCUCUCCCCCCCCACUUGGUCUUUCUCUCUCUCUCCCCCCCUUGGUCUUUCCCCCACUUGGUCUUUUUCUCUCCCCACUUGGUCUUUUCUCUCUCUCUCCCCCCCGGGUCUCUCUCUCUCUCUCUCUGGUCUUUCUCCCCCAGUUCCCGGCCCCCCCGGCCUCUCUCUCUUGGUCUAUAAGUGUUUUUAUCAAAGAUCUUUGUUUUGUUAUUGCUAUCAAUUUCACAUUGCUUUUUUUUCUUUAUUAUUUACAGAUGAGUAUUGGAGGUUUACAAAAGGGCUUCCAUGAUGGAUCAUUCACCACAGCAAGGUUUUCUAAUCCCCAAGGAUUGAUCCUGGAUGGCCACAUACUUUAUGUUGCAGAUACAGACAAUCACUCAAUCCGAAAAGUGGAUUUUUCUUUGAAACAAGUAACGACUUUGGUAGGCACUGGAUUCCAGGGUAAGGACAAAGAAGGUGGUAAUAUUGGAACUCAGCAAGAAUUAUCAUCACCUUUCGACUUGCUUCUAGUCCCUUCUUUAGAUGCUGAAGAAAAUAAUAUUCUGUUAAUAGCUUUGGCUGGAAGCCAUCAGAUUUGGGCUUAUUUUCUCAAGGACGGCCUAUGGUUUAAAGGAAAGAAGUAUCCUGAGGGUACAUGUAUCAGGGUGGCUGGCAGUGGAAACGAAGAGAACCGUAAUAAUACUUAUCCAGAGAAGGCUUCUUUUGCUCAGCCCUCGGGUCUUUCCUAUUCACCAUCCAAACGAUUAGUGUUUAUUGCUGACUGUGAAAGUUCAAGUAUUCGAAGUUUUGAUUUAAAAUCUGGUGCUGUUAAAGCUUUGGUUGGUGCUGAAAGAAACCCAAUGAAUCUCUUUGCUUUUGGAGAUGUAGAUGGUGUUGGUAUUGAUGCUAAGUUGCAGCAUCCUCUUGGUGUGUGCUUGCUGGCUGACUUUCCUGAAACACAAUUACUUGUAGCAGAUACAUAUAAUCAUAAGAUAAAGUGUGUAGAUCUGCAGACAAAGAAUUGUACUACAGUGAUUGGAAGUGGUCAGCCAGGGGAUGACAUCUGUGUUGACCCAUACAUGUCUCUCUUUAAUGAACCAGCUGGUCUGGCUGUAGACAUGGACAAACAAGUGGUAUACAUUGCUGAUACAAACAACCAUUGUAUUAAAGUAUUUAAUAUGAACACGCGCACCUUGACUGAGCUUUCUUUUUCUAAAGAUUUAUUUGAUGGCGUAAGUGAUGUAGUAAAGUCUGUGGUCAAGCCCACCAACCGAAUCACUCCGAAAAGGACCAAACCCAAGGUGCUUGAAACGGUCAAUGUCAUGCCAUCUGGUUGGAUACAGUUUAAAUUGGACAUCAGCUUCAAAGAUGGCAUCUGCUUCACCAAAGACAUGGUCAGUUAUUGGCAGAUCAUAGCUGAAGAUGAACCCAGUAAAAAACUUCUUGAAGAAAUUCCUGUUACAAGCGGGACAUUGUCGGAUUUAUCUAAACAGCCAACAGUCCGAGUCUUUUUUUUCUUUCCUUUUUUUGCUUCUUUUUUCCUUCUUUCUUCCUUUUUUAUUUUUUUCCUUUUUUCUUUGUUUCUUUUUAAUCCUAUUUUGUUUUCCUUUUUUCUUCAUUUUCCUUUCCUUAUUUCUUUUUUUGUCCUUUUUCUUUUUUUUCCCCUAUUUUUUUGUCUUCCUCCCCUUUUUCUUUUUUGCAUUUUUUCCCUUUUUACUCUUUUUUCUUUUUUUUUUUUCUUUUUUGUCUUUUUUCUUUUUUGUCUUUUUUGUCUUUUUUUCUUUUUUGUCUUUUUUUUCUUUUUUGUCUUUUUUUCUCUUUUGUCUUUUUUUCUCUUUUGUCUUUUUUUCUCUUUUGUUUUUUGUGUCUUUCUUUUUUGUCUUUUGUUUUUUUGUGUCUUUCUUUUUUGUCUUUUGUUUUUUUGUGUCUUUUUCUUUUUUGUCUUUUUUUUCUUUUUUGUCUUUUUUCUUUUCUUUUUUGUCUUUUUUUCUUUUUUGUUUUUUUCUCUUGUUUUUUUCCUCUUUUGUCUUUUUUUGUGUCUUUUUUGUCUUUUUUUCUUUUUUGUCUUUUCUUUUUUGUCUUUUUUUCUCUUGUUUUUUUCUCUUUUGUUUUUUUCCUCUUUUGUUUGUUUUGUGUCUUUUUUGACUUUUUGUCUUUUUUUCUUUUUUGUCUUUUUUCUUUUCUUUUUUGUCUUUGUCUUUUUUCUUUUCUUUUUUUUCUUUUUUCUUUUUCUCUUUAUUCUUUUUCAAUUUCUUUCAUUGAUCAUCAGUACUUCUACCCUUCGGUGGGUGGAGACAAGUUCAUCUCUCUUUUCUCACAUCUACUUAGUCUUUCACCCGUUGCGAUUCCUGGUUUGGGGAGAAUUAACUCCCUCUUCUUAUUCCACACCCAUCCUUGGGACAGUCAGCGUGGCAUCUGAUCUGCUUGUAGCAUUUAUUAUUCAACGUGUGUUUCGUUGUUUUUUGGUUUCUGCCCGCUUAUCCCACUCCUCCUUCGUUUUCUCUUUCACUUCUUUCUUAUUUUCCGCCUGCCUCCUUUUCUCUCUUGCCCUCCUCCCUCUUUUUCCCUUCUUUCUUAUCCUCCUCUCUCUUCUUUGCUCUCCCACUUCUUUUUUGUCUUCCGCUUCCCUCCUUUUUUCUCUCUUGCCCUCCUCCCUCCUUUUCUCUUCUUUUUAUCCUCCUCUCUCUCCUUUACUCUCCCACUUCUUUCUUGUCUGCCGCCUCCCUGCUUUUAUCUCUCUUGUUCUCCUCCAUCCUUUUCUCUUCUUUUUAUCCUCCUCUCUCUCCUUUACUCUCCCACUUCUUUCUUGUCCUCCAGUCCCACCUUUGCUCUCCCACUUCUUGCCCUUCACCUUUUUCUUUUUCACAUUUCUUGUCCUUCCCUCCUUUCUUUUCUAUUCCUUCGUGUCCUCCCCUCCUUCCUUUUCUAUUCCACUUCUUUCUUUUCUUCCACCCCCUCCUUUCCUCUCCUUUCUUGUCCCCCCUUCCUCUCUUUUUCUUCUUUCUUAUCCCCCCUCCUUUUCUCUCCAACUUCUUUCUUGGGACGACGUAAGCGCGCUGAAAAAUACCCGUAUUCUCUCUAUUCGUCACUCUCAGUCUUUACCCGCCCCCCUCUCUCUCUCUCGCGCGCGCGCUUUCUCAACCUUUUACCCUUUUUUUCUCUUAAACUUUAUCCUCUCACUCUUCGUCUCUGUAAAUCCUUUUUCUCUCUAUUCUCUUUAUUCUCUCUCUACCUCUCUCAAUCUUUUCCACCUUCUUUCUUCUCUACUAAUAUCUAUUCUCUCGCUUAAUUGUCUUAAUUCUUAUUCUUUAUAUUCGCCUCUCUCGGUCAUUGCCCCUUUACUCCCAGUCUUUCUAUUCUUCUCUCUCAAUCUUUCUAUUCUCUUUGAGAGAGAGGGUAAAGACUGA